GUGAAUGGUCUAAAAUCUCAACUGCACCAUGUUCAGUUACGUGUGGAGGUGGUACACAACUUGAGACCUGGGAACGGAGGUACAUUAAUGAAGGGGAAGCGUGUAACGGAACUGAGGAAGACACAAGGACUGCGACGUGCAAUAUAGAAACCUGUCCAUGUGAGUGGGGAGAGUUUAGUGAAUGGGAAGGCGGAAAUUGCACUGAAGACUGUUUGAUAAUUGAACAAAGGACAAGAAACUACGGAGGGGGUGAAAAUUGUCCAAGUGAUACCGAAACUGAAACACGUACCGUGGAAUGUACCAAGUCACCAUGUAGAAGGGUAAGUUGUGAUUUCGAACCAAGCUCAUCUUGUGGGUACACCGAUGAUAGUAACACUGGGAACGUUUGGCUAGCGAAUAGAGGGACAACUCCAACUUCGUAUACUGGACCAGAUGCGGAUCACACUUCGGGGGAAUCUGAUGGAACGUAUAUUUACAUGGAAGGUAAUGAUAUGCUAUCUGGCGCAGCAAUCAGAAUAGCAACCCCCAUAUUUGAGAGUUAUGGUACAAGUUGUUUAUCAUUCUGGUACCAUAUGAAAGGCUACUACAUUGGUUCACUCAGUAUCUAUGUUGAGGAUGAGGCAAGUUCCAUGUUCUCCCUAGACCAAAAGGUAUGGUCAUCAUUUGGUCAUAGAGGCGUGUUAUGGAAUUAUGCCUACAUCGAUAUAGAGAACCGAAGUAGCUUCCGAGCUGUGUUUGAAGCCAUACGUGGACCUGCUAUUAACUCCGAUAUUGCAAUUGACGAUAUCAACAUUAAAGAAGGACCUUGUGAAGUAACAGAUAAUGAUGUAACUUGUGACUUUGAGGACCAGUAUUUG